AUGUCCGCCAUUGUGGCACGACUUCAGGAGGCACAUGCUAAGUUGCAGCAAGCAAAGCAAGAGCAUGAGAAAAUCCUUCGGGAACGGGAACUGGACGGCGAAGCAGUCCGCUCGGAACUGACACGGGCAAAGGCUUUCGCCGAGGAACAGAAGAUUGCCCGCGAAGGCCUGCUGGAAGAUAAGGCGAAACUCCAGUCGGAACUUAUUGAUCAUCUCAAGCUACUACGGCUGAAGGAUGAGCGGCUUGGACUCCUCCGCCGGGACCUUGCUGAUAGCGAAUUUGAAAUUGACCAGCUGCGGGUGGCGCUCCGCUGCUCUACCGAGUACAGCCUGCACCUGGAGGCUCACAAGCAAGCGACCGAGGCUAUCGUCCACUACGUUUGUGAGGAGAUCGAUCGGCUGUCAACGGAAGGAAAACAAGGUAUCAGCUGUAGCAGAGCCGGCAGCAGCAGUAGCAACAGCACCGGCGGUGUCGGUGGCGGCAAAUUAGGGGGGCAGUGGGGGCCCCAUCAACUCACUACUAUGACCACCGUCAGCGCCCUGGCCGGCACGAACCAACCCAUCGCCUCUAAAACAAAUCUUAGCCCACAGUUACACUUAGCCAUCAGCGACUCCGGUGGCAUAGUAUGCGAUACCUCCAGGCGGGGUUUGGCAGUGCAAGGAGGGCGGAUGGCAGAGGGAGUGGGAGAAGAUGCGGGAUGCCGCGUGGCCGGCAGUCCAGCGGCUGCAGCGCCUGCAGCGGCUGCGGCUGCGGUGCCGUCACCGGCGGCAGACACGAUGCUGAAACUGUACGGCAUCGUGGCACGUCUUCGAGAGCAGCUGCGCAGCAUUCAGCGUGGGUUAAUGGAGGGCUCAGCCGCUGCCGCCGCUGCGCCAGCGGCGGUGGCGGUGCCGCCGACGAGCGCUGACACUCCAGCAGCACCUGCUCAGCCUGAUGCUGCGGGCGUUAAGAAGUUGUUAAGUGGCCGUUCUGGCGGCGGAAUGUGCAGCAGUGGUGGCUCGCCGCCAUGUCCGCCGGUGACGCCGCGGCCUCCGCCAUCGCAAUCGUCGGCAGCGGCUCUUCUGCAACUUACCGGCGGACUGGGGGCGACAAAGCCAUGCCGUACCGGCGGCGAAGGUACAGCAGAAUACGACGCCGCCGUUGGAGGCGGCCUGAGGGACUGGGGCUACCGCCGGCAUGCCGCCACGGCGGUCGUCGAGCCGGCAGUGCUAACGGAAUUGGUUCUGGGCUCAAGGGACAAGCGGGACGGAUCCGCCGCCUUCAGCAGCACCGUUGCUGCUGCCGCCGCCGCCGCCGGCGGGUAUGUAAAGCUUCAUCCGCCAGAGUCUGUGACGUCGACGCCGCGGGGGCGGCCGCCGCUGCUAACGGGGCUUUCAGAAGCCCUCCAGGUUUUGGGAGGGGCUCUGUACGGCCCUGGCAGCGGCGGUGGCGGCUGCGUGCGGCACGCGGUGAUAGUCCAAGGCCGCCGAAUGGCAACUGGCGCCGCUGCUGCGGCGUCGCCUUCCCCGUCGCCGCUGUCGCUGUCCCUGUCGCUGAGGCAGUACGCCAGUAGCCAUAGUCAUCAGGGGACGUCGUCGCCGGCGCCGUCACCUACAACCGCGGCACCGUCGUACGGCUCUGGUGAUGUAGAGGGUCUCGGAGCUAUCCGUGACAGUACGGCACAUGCUGCCGGGUCGCGCGUGGAGGCCGAGAGGUCUGGGACCGGCAGUCCAGGGUCCCCCCAUCAACACCCAGAUCAACACCAACAUUCACAUCAUAGACCGACAUCGACACCGCACCGGCAGCAAUUCCAGGACAAACACCAACACCAGCAUACACAGUCCCAGCAGCAGCAGCAGCAGCGGAGGGAGCACAGUGAGAAGUUCCUGGAUUCUGAGCUCGUUUCCUUGCGGCUCACUAACGAGGCCCUUCAGCGGCAAGUGGCAGAGCUACAGCGCCAGAACGACCUGCUCCAGCUGCGGCAGCUCGGCGGCGGCGGCGGCAUUGGCGGCGGCGGCGGAAUCAGCGACAUUGGCGGCGGCGGCGGUCCGCUGUUUCUCCAAGCGCAGCCCCAACAGCAUCUAUGCAGUCCGAGCGCCUUUGACCUCAGCGGGCGUACGGCAGCGGCUGGGCAGCAGCAUGAGCCAUCGCAACAUGUGGCCCUCUCAGCGGCCGCCGCUGCCGCAGCCGGCAGCCCGUUCAGCUCCCCACUCAUGGCGCCGUACUAUUACGGCAACAUGCCGCCAGGGAACGUCCCGCCCGUCGGGGACCCGGUGGGGCCGGCGUGGUGUAACGCCAGCAAAGGGGAUAUGAUACCCGUGCUGACUGGCCCGAAAGGAAAUGGCGGUGGCGGCGAUGCGAUGUCGGCGGCGGCGGCGGCGUCAGCAGGAACUUGUCACCCAGCACCGGCGGCAGCCGUGGCUGCGGCUGCUUUGUCAUUGACCCACGGGUCACGGGUCAUCACGCCGACACGGAUUGGACUGGGAGUUGCUCCGGAACCACAACCCUCAAGUCGGCAGAGGACGACCGCGGAGGCGACGACGACAGCAAUGGCGAGUGCAAGUGCAGAACCCGUGUCGCUAGGGCUGCCGGCGGUGAAGCCGAAGCCGCCGCCGCCGCACCCGCAGGUUUCGGAGGCUGCCUUGUCCGCCAAGGCGCCGCCACUGGGAGUGGACCCCGCCUUGCGGGAGUUGGAACUGCUAUGUGCUGGGUUGUAG